AUGUCUACCCCAGAAAUACCAUCCAUCUCCCAGAGAGAUGUUGCUAGAUACGAGCGAAUCCAAGGGUAUAUUCACACAUCCGCACUCUCAGUUUUGCUAUACGAUUUCACUCUCACUUUUGGCGCCGAAGUGCACUUCAUCUGGAGACGACCAAAAACUCUGAGCAGCUAUCUCUAUUUCUUGCAGAGAUUAUUGGUUGUAUUAGCUUUCAUCCCAACAAUCGACCUUCUCUUAAACGCAGAUAUCCGACCACAAAACGGCUUUGAAAGGUUUGCAAUGCCGACAUUCACGGUGGACUAUGCUGACUUGAAUGUAUCUCGAAGAUGUCCUUCAGAUGUUGUUGAAAACAUAGCCACAGUUGUGCUAGUAGCCAAUGAAUUCUUUAUCAACUUUUAUCUGAGUCUCAGAAUUUGUGCUCUUUACAAGCAAUCACGCUACGUUAUAGCAUUUGCAACUGUUUCGGCGGUUAUCGCCAUUUUGAUACCAUGCAUGCUAAUUCACUAUCAACUCAGCUUCCUCAAGCAAUCCAGCCAUUUCUCCGCGGGUGCUUACGCUGAUACUAUGCUACCCAGUAUAUCAAUCAUCAUGAUGACGCGCCUUGUGCUCAAUCUGCACGAAACGGCAGAUGGUGAUAUAGGAUCGUACCCUUCAAAAAUCUCUUCGUUACAUUUCCAAGCGUCAAAUUUUGAUGAUAACUAA